AUGUCGAUGGAGUUAGAUUCAGUACAAGAUAGUCAAGACCUUUCAGAGUUACGUAAACUCGAGUUUUCCCAUUCGAUUCUAGGCAAAAGAAGUGCCUUGAAAGAACAGGAAUUAUUACCACAUUUAAAGGAACUUCAUCAAAAACUAAAGGAACUUGAACAAGGAGCAGUUGACCUUGAAUCGCUUUCAACUGUUGCUAAUGAUUUAACCAGCACACAAAUUCUUAAAAAUAGCAGUAAGAUGGUAACUGCAGUAGCCGCUUGUUGUUUAGCCGACAUUCUGCGUUUAUAUGCACCUGAGGCUCCUUACUCCAACCUACAGUUGAAAAAAAUUUUCAAUUUCUUCGUAUCCAACCUGUCACAGUUUGGAAAAGAAGACGAGAGCUUAUUCCAAUACCACUUUUACUUGUUGGAAAGUUUAGCUACAGUGAAGAGUUUUAUUAUUAUAUCUGAUUUAGAUAAUGCAGAUGAAAUCACUCUUCCUGUAUUUGAUGAAUUCUUUAAAGCUGGAUCAAACCCCUCAUUGCCAAAAAACGUACAGGUUUGUAUGACGGAUAUUUUGACACAAAUCAUUGAUGAAGUGGGAACCUCUGCUCAAGAAAUUAUCGAAAUCAUCUUGGAUCAAUUCGUUAAACACGAAAAGACACCAACUGUUCCAUCUUAUUUAAUGGCAGCCGAAGUUUGCUCUAUUUGUGCUCCUAUUCUUCAAAGACGAGUAUGCCAGUACUUUUCUGAUAUUCUUCUUUCUGUCAGUAAUGCAGAAGGAACGGAAGAAUUGGAAGAGUUGCGAAAAGCUCACGAUUUGAUCAUUAAAGUAAAUGCCGUCGUACCUGAUCUAUUGCUGAAUGUUUUACCCUUGGUGCAAGAAGAGAUGAAGCUUGAUCAAGCAAAUGUUCGACAAAUUGCAACUGAAACCAUGGGAAAGCUAUUUAUGCAUCCUGAAUCGAAUAUUUUUGAAAAGUAUCCCACUAUCUGGAAGACCUGGCUUGGUAGGAAAGACGAUAAGCUUGUGCAGUUACGUGUCAAGUGGUUAGAGAUGUGUGUUGAUAUUUAUAAAAAUCAUAUCGAAUCAAUGCCUGAAAUUACUGAAUGUAUCAAACUCAAGCUAUCAGAUCCCGACGAGAAAGUACGAGCCACUGCCUGUAAGAUCAUUGGAGAGAUCAUGGCAGGCUGCGAUUUGAAACAUAUUGACAAAUCAAUGCUUGAAUUAGUCGAUGGACGAACCAAGGAUAAAAAGAAUUCUGUAAGAGUACAAGCUAUGAGAACAAUGGGUUCAAUUUACAACGAGUAUUAUGCCAGCAUUCAAGCAAAUGAAAAAAUGGCAGUUCAGAAGCUGGGUUGGAUUCCAAACAGUUUAUUUAGCCGUGUGUACACAGGUGAUGCUUCCGUACUGAUGACUCUACAGGAUACUUUACUUGCAUACAUAUUUCCAUAUGAUGAAGAUGACCAGCAGAGAACCGAGAGACUGGUGACGGUAGUAGAGUCAUUAGAAGAAAAGCAAAAGCUAGCCUUUACUGCAAUCAUUAGAAAGCAACAGAGAUUUAACGAUGAUUUGCAAAAGUAUGUUAGAAUGUGCGAAGACGAGAUUAACGGUAUGACAGCUGAUCAUGAGGAAACCAGCAAUGAUGAGUUCAUGAAAUACUUAGCAGCUCAUUUUGCUGAUCGACCAAGAACAUUCAACGCUCUUAGGGCAUUCCUUAUUCGUAAGAACAGCAGAGAUAUAAAGCUUUUGAAAAACAGCAUACGUGCAGAUCAUGAUUACAAGCAACUUUACAAAUCCAAAGAUAAAUUGAUAGCGAACCUCAACGAAGAUCAAGCUGGCACUGUAGAGAUAUUCCAAGCCAUCAUCAACAGGGCAUGUCCGCUAAUAGUAAACAAAGCUUGUAUUUCUCAUCUGUUGAAAAUGGCCAAGGAACCAAAGGGAAGAAGGCAAACAGCUCUUACUCAAAAGGCUCUUACCGCUCAAAGCAUAUUAAAGGAAAUCUCUCUCACUUAUCCAGUGAUGUAUGAAGGUUGUUUGGCUGAAAUUACUAAAGGGAUUAUGAAUGAUAAAGAUAAUAUAGCUGCAGAGGAAGAAUUAGAACUUUUAGCCGAACUAAGCAAGUCUAAUCCUGGUCAUAGAAAAUACGAUGGCAACUUAAUUAAACGUCUUCGCUCUUAUGUUAUUGAUGGUAAGGUUGGUCAAGCAAACCUUGCUUCGAUUAUUCUCGGCAAUAUGAAAAAUGCGGAUAGAUCUAUGGCUGAUCUAGUUGAGAGCUUGUCUGAUGAGCUUUCAUUGAAAGCACGAAAUCUCCUUUCAACUUUGACAAGCCUUUCACAGUUUGCAUUAUAUACUCCUCGACUUUUGACAUCUUACAUUGACCUAAUAGUAAAGUUUGUUGAAGAAAAUCUCUUAAAGACGCCAACCAAAUCGUACACUGAAUCUAAUCCUGAAUGGGUUGCGUACGAUAAACUGCCAGAGCUCUCCAAACAGAAAAUUACUGGUGUUCGUCUAUUAGUAAACUACUUAACAGCUUGUAGAAACGAAGUGGAGCCUGAAGAACAUAUUAUUACAAAGAUAUUUUCUAUACUAUGGGAUUUACUUGAAAGAACCUGCGAUGGUGCAUUAACUGACAAUACCAACUCUGCAGAAACAUCUCACCUCAGAUUGGGUGCUUCACAAGCCAUCGUUAAACUAACGCACUAUGACAAGUACUUAAACGAAUUAACCGUUCCUAAAUUUGAAAGAUUAAGUUACACCCUGCAAGAUACAUGUUUCUAUGUUCGCUUAGAGUUUGCAGAGUUCUUGAUGAAAGGACUUCAGACCGAGCAAAUCCAUCCAAGAUACUAUUCUCUUUUGUUCAUUUGCGCUCAUGAACCUGAAGAAUCUUUGUUGAAGCAAAUCCGCAGCUUUAUCCAGAAGCGUCUCUCCUCCUUGGAGAUCAAGCAAGCUGAAUCAACAGUAUUGGAUUCUUCACUUGUUAGACUAGUACAUUUACUGGCACAUCACCCAGAUUUUACUAUUACUACUGAAGACUUGAUGGUAUUUGCACAGUAUAUUCGAUUUUUCUUGAGCUGUGUUGCAACUGCUGAGAAUGUAUCAUUCUUAUACCAUAUUGCUCAAAAGAUCAAGUUAUCCAAGGACAUGGUUUCAGCUGAAUUAAGUGAUAAUUCAUAUGUGCUCAGUGAUAUGACCAGUCUGCUAAUAAAGUACAAGUGCAAAGAGUCUUCCUGGCCACUUAAUGCAUAUGCCGGCCGUGUAACUCUACAAUCUAAACUUUACAAGAGUUUACCUCCAGGAGCAGUACAAAAUGAGACCAUGGAGAAGAGUUAUUUACCCCAGGCAUUUAUCGAGAAAUUAGAAGAAGAGGAGAGAAGGAAGCUUGGUGACAAGCGAGCAAGAACAUCUGUAGUUGGUGCAAAUAAGAGAACAAAGGUUUAA